AUGUUGUCCAAACACGAAUGUAUACAGUUUCCCAGCCUUUACGAGUUUCUUGCUGGAAAGGGCGCCCCCUGUGACGGUAAAUCCAGGAUACGGUGCGUCAGGUUGACACAAAACCGACAACCCGAGUAUCCCGAUUUCGACGAAAAACUCUUGACUUCUGGCACCUCGCAGACAGACGACCAAGUCCCGCAAACUGCAGACAUACUCAUCAUCGAAAAAGCAGAUGCUCGCACGCUGGGACUCCUCCUCGCAAACAAGGUAUCGCAAAGCAACCGCCUGUCGUUUCUCAAGUUCCUCGAAACCUACCUCCGUGACCAGCCGUCGUUUAACUUUGCCAAUGUCCGUCACCAGCUUGCAUCGAUGCCGUCCGUUGUGACCAAGCAACAGCACGUCGCCUUUACCUACGUCACUGCCAGAGAAUUUGACAGACCAUUCACCUUGGGGUACAGACAGGUGCAAAAGGCUGGGCGAAGAGGGGGCUCUUGGAGGAUCGAGAGAACAUGGGGGCCGAUGAAUCCUGUCCAGAGAACCGAUACGGGCGGUGUGUCGUCUGCGUUUUGCCCUUUGGCCGUUACUCGCACGCAGGCCGCCGCGUGGUUUAAUCGAGGCGCCGGCAACCCUUGGAACCUUGGAGUCAUUCUACUCGAUGAGCCGCCGAGACUCACUGGCCUACCCGGGUCUCUCAUUCCCACGUACCACGUCAUUCAUGGCGAUUGGUACGUGGACAGCGCCUCGCCAAGCGACCUCUUGGUGAACUGCAUGAAGAACAACACCAACUUGCAGGCCGCAGGCAUCCCGAGUCCCAUGGCCGUUGUCCAGAAUUUGUACAGGAUAGUCAACUUUGAGUGGAACCACCUCAUCACCUACUACACCCGCGAUCUAAACUCGAUAGAAUGGGCGCUGCAGCACGGCGACGGCAACAAUAAAUCCACGUCGGAAAUGCUGAGAGACGCCAUGCGGAACCUGUUUCUCAACCGCCGUCGCAUCCCGUGGUACCGCACGCUCCUCAGAGAGCAGCUCGCCUCGUGCCAGUCCAAGGGCCGACGAUUUUGGAGUCUCGCCGACGGGUCUACCCCAGAAGAAGACGCAAUGGCCGAUGAAUUGGCGGACGACCUGAGGCAGCUCGAAUAUCUCAUGGCGCAGAUCCACGAACGCCUCGACGCAAGCAUGACACACAUCGUGGGCGAGACCAAUGUGCUCGAGGCACAGAGAACCCACGAACUCAAUCAGAUAACGGUGCAGCAGAACAGGAUUGCCUUUGCCCAGAACAAGAUACUGCUGGCCCUGGCGCUCGUGGGUACCUUUUUCUUGCCGAUUAAUGCCAUUGCUGCCGUCUUUAGUAUGGGCGGACAGUGGGCCGCUGGGGAGGCCAUGUUUCCCGUGUUUUGGGCGAUUUCCAUCCCGUUGGCGUGCGGGCUGGUGUCUGCUUUGUUGGUGUUUAUGUAUUGUGGGAAUAGGGGGACGGACAGCGUGAGGUUCAGCUGGCUUGACGGGUGCACCUAG